AUGGUAUUCAGAGCCAAUUGGCAAACGCCCCUCUCGACCUCUUUCUCUCAAGUUUUUUUUUUCCUCCCCGCUCGUCAGGACCCUUCCGUCCUGCCCAUGCAACUUGUUGCCUCCUGCCGCCGCAUUUACGUUCUCAGCUGCCGGCGUCUCAAUCGCCGCGACCUAUCCGCCGUCGCCACUACUCUCGCACCGCUUUUCUUCCUUGCGGGGCAUUUCGCCGCCGCCGCCGCUGCUUCACUCGCCGCAGGGCAUUUCGCCGCCGCCGCCACUGUUCCCACUCGCCGCGGGGCAUUUCGCUGCCGCCGCCACUGCUCCCACUCGCCGCGGGGCAUUUCGCCGCCGCCGCCACUGCUCCCACUCGCCGCGGGGCAUUUCGCCUCCGCCGCCACUACUCCACUCGCCGCGGGGCAUUUCGCCGCCGCCGCCACUGCUCCCACUCGCCGCGGGGCAUUUCGCCGCCGCCGCCUCUGCUCCCACUCGCCGCGGGGCAUUUCGCCGCCGCCGCCACUGCUCCCACUCGCCGCGGGGCAUUUCGCCUCCGCCGCCACUGCUCCCACUCGCCGCGGGGCAUUUCGCCUCCGCCGCCACUACUCCACUCGCCGCGGGGCAUUUCGCCGCCGCCGCCACUGCUCCCACUCGCCGCGGGGCAUUUCGCCGCCGCCGCCACUGCUCCCACUCGCCGCGGGGCAUUUCGCCUCCGCCGCCUCUACUCACUCGCUGCGGGCAAUUUGCCGCCGCCACUGCCUCUCCUCGCUGCAAGACACUUCGCCGCGGCUGCUCCUACUCUCCCUCGCCGCCAGGCACUUAGCUACUGCCUCAUCUCUUCCUCCCCGCCGCUCCCUCGACCCUUCCCCCCCCCCCCAUUGCUUCCGCCCACCGUUUCCUCUCCCGCUGCCUCUCUCAUACUAUCUCUGCUCUCCGCCUCUCCUGCCACGCUACUGCUCCCAAUCCUCUCCCACGUGCUGCUACUAA